AUGGCUUCAAACAGUCUGUUCAGCAGUCCCAGCCCAAUGCUGUACUGGGAUCCUGUAGUGAAAUGUCGGCUGUCACCAUCGGCCAGCACUCGUCAACUGGAUGAGCAGGAGCUGAGAUGUCACCAUCCGUGCAGUACAGCGCCACCCAGAGGACUGGUACAGACUGACAGUCCAAAUUUCCUCUGCAGCAGCUUGCCUCAGCACUGGAGGUGUAAUAAGACGCUACCAAGAGCCUUCACUGUGGUUGCUCUGGGCAAUGAUGUGCCUGAUGGUGUGGUUGUGACAGUGAUGGCUGGCAAUGAUGAAAACAGCAGCGCUGAGUUACGCAAUGCCACAGCCACCAUGAAGCAAGGUUAUGCCUACUUCAACGACCUCCGCUUCGUAGGUCGCAGCGGCAGAGGCAAGAGCUUUACCUUGACAAUAAAUGUGCUGACCUCACCUCCCCAGAUCGCCACCCUGCACAGGGCCAUCAAGAUUACCGUGGAUGGACCACGGCUGCCCAGACGACAGAGGCAGAAGGAGAUAAAGUCAGGAGUGUUUAGGCCCUCCAGCACCAUCAGUAGCAGCACAGCCUCAUCAGAAUGCAGAUCCUUUCCUUCCUCCUCGCUGUGGAUGAAUGAGUCGUUUCUGGGCCCUGUGACCUCUUUGACAACCUCAUUUGCUCCUACUCCCAGAAUGCACCACCUGCCUGCCCUCCCUUACUCCACCCAACCUCCUCCAUACAGUUCCUACCUGUCUCCUCCUCCUCCUCCUCCGCUCAGCCACAGUGGUCCAUUCCAGCCUGGCAGCUUCCACUAUGGGCCGAACCAACCAAUACCAACCACAGGGGAGGACCGCAACGCUGUCGCAGCUCUGAGCAAUUACAUUGAAGGGGCGUGUCUUUCUAUGAGAGGGGAGGAGCCUGUAUGGAGACCUUAUUGA